AAAACAGAGCGAGUAUUGGUAGCUAUUCAAUUGUUCAGGUGGGGAAAAGAAGAAAAGCUAAACUCAGAUUAACUCACCGCCCAUCGCUUCAACCUCGCCACCGGCGGCGGCGCACUGAUUGAUUUUUUUUCGUUUACUUUCGAGAUCGUAACAUUAUUUUCAUGUCACCGGCAGUCGAAGAUUUUUUAUCCCCAUCAUCGUCCUCCACACAGCGUUCGUAUUUCCAGAACCCUAACCCUAGCGCUCAGGGACAUUUUACUGAUUCAGCGGAAGCGGCCACUGUUCGUUCUUCGAGGAGGAAACACGUAAAAGUGAAGAAACAAUCAAGCUGUAACGGUCCAGUGAGUAAAAAAUCUGAUAAUAGUACACGUGAUACUACUGGUUUCGUGUUCAAUGCGACUACUAGUGGUUCAGUGUUAAGCUCGAGUUUAGGGCAAACGGGAUGUGAUGGGAAUGAUGAACGACAGCGUGAUGGAAACAAGAUGGGCGCAGAAAAGGUACAGAAGAGUGGACAUAAUUUUCAGCCUGGUGAUUUAAAUUUUGUUUUUGGAGCUGAUGAUGAAAAGGGGGACAAUAGAAAAGCUAGUGAAAGAGGUUCUAAUAAGUUUGGAAAACUUAAUGGUGUUGAUAUUGUGUUUGGUGCGAAUAUGAAUAAUGGUGUACUGAACUCGAAUUCAAGCAAUAUUGGGCAUGAACAUGGGCGUGAAGGUGUAGGAUUGCAUGUAGAUGAUAGUGAACCUAGUGGAACAGUCAGAAGCUCAGGAUCAGGUGAAGCUGCACCCUCGAUGAAUAGCAACCUAAAGACAGAGGAGAACAAUACAUCAGAUAGCAUAAAAUUUGAAAAUCCGGGCUUUGUGUUUUCUGCCAAUCAUAGAGAUUUUCAGACAGAUUCGAAUAUUGGAAAACAAAAAUCCGAAGAGAAGGUUGACAACUUAGCACCUGAAAGUGACAGGAAUGUAGAUAGUGGAGUAAUUUUUGGAAACAGCCAAGUUAAUGGGAUCUUUCAUAUUGGAACUCAUGAUGAAAAAAGAUCCAGCUUCAAGGGAAGCAUGAAACUUGAUGAUGAAACCAACAUUACGAAGAGUAAAGGAGCAGGAAGCUCUGAUCACUUAAAGAAGCAAGAGGAUAAUGUAGAUUCUGUUCUUGAUGGUAAUUCCACUUUUGUUUUUGGAAGUAAUUUAGGCAAUGCUUUCGGUGACAACCCUCAAUGUAAAGUCCCCCAUGACUCAAAGACUUCAAACAUCCAUGACCCCACAAAAGUUAGUACUACUAAGAAUAAGAUCAAUGAAGCUGGAACAACCAACAACUUCAGCUUUUCAAGCAAUGCUGGUGGAUACGGGGCUUCGUUUACAGGAUUCAAUACACCAGAUAUAAACAUUCCGGUUUCUUUCACAUCAGAUAUGUUUCCUGGUUUAGGUAAGAAGUUAGAAUUCAGUAAAAACAAUUCUGUAAGCCAAAGAAAAUUAAAAAAGACCAAGGCAAAAGUGAGACAACAAUCUAGCAAUCGUCCACAAGUUAUCCUGACUCAUUUAUCUGAAGGAGUCACACAGCCUUCUGAGGAGUCUCCUGGAUCUUGUUCACCUAUGGAUGUUUCUCCUUAUUGGGGUGCUGACUGUGCACCAACUUCUACCAACCCUGCAACCUCUCAGGUUCAAAAUGAAGAUGCUGUUGAUACUACAGAGAAGCUUGGGGCCCAAAACUUUUCACCUUCUGUUACAUCAUUUGCUAGUGCUGACAUGGCAGGGAGACAACGGCCACAUCAGAAAAAGUAUAAGCUGAGAACUGGUCGCGUUAAUGUGUCCCAUUCUCAUAAACCUGAGCACACAAAGGCUACAGAUCAAGAAACAUGUGACAGUUGGCGAAAAAGGGGAAACGAGGCUUAUAAGAGUGGAGAUUUAUCAGAAGCUGAAGUAUGUUAUUCAAAGGGUAUUAGUUCAAUACAACAUACAGAGACACCUGGCGUUUGUAUACAGCCUCUUCUUUUGUGUUAUAGCAAUCGUGCAGCUACACGCAUGGCUCUUGGAAGAAUGAGGGAAGGUCUAAAUGACUGUAGAAUGGCUGCUGCAUUAGAUCCCAAUUUCAUGAAGGUCAACUUAAGAUCUGCAAACUGUCAUUUACUUCUAGGAGAGGUAGAUGAUGCAUCAUACUAUUAUAACAAAUGCUUGGAGUCUGAGGAAAUCGUUUGCUUGGAUAGGAGAAUCACAAUUGAAGCUGCGGAAGGCCUGCAAAAGGCACAGAAAGUCUCGGAUUAUCUGAAGCUGGCUGCAGAGAUUCUUGAACAGAAAACAUAUGAGUCAGCAACCAAUGCAUUGGGAACCAUCACUGAUGCUUUGUCAAUAAGCUCCUAUUCAGAGAAACUACUUAAUAUGAAAGGAGAGGCUCUUCUCAUGCUGGGGAAGCAUAAAGAGGUGGUUCAACUGUGUGAGCAAACCCUAGAUACAGCCGAAAAGAAUUUUUCAUCAGUAUGCAAGAUCUCAUUAAGACUUUGGAGGUGGAACCUAAUGUCAAAAUCCUACUUUCAUUUGGGUAGGCUUGAAAUAGCUCUCGACUUAAUGGAGAAACAUGAGCAACUAAGAAGCAAGAUUGUGGGUCCCGACGAGUCAUUAGCUCAUUUGGCUGUUACCAUUCGUGAACUUCUACACUGCAAGAAUGCAGGAAAUGAAGCCUUUCAGAAUGCUGUUUGUUUCUGCAAUCGUGCUGCUGCAAACCAAUCUUUGGGUGAAAUCAUUGAUGCUAUUGGAGAUUGCAGUAUAGCUAUAGCUCUCGACACAAGCUACCCAAAGGCCCUUUCGAGAAGGGCCACCUUACUGGAAAUGAUUCGAGACUACAAACACGCAUCUGAUGAUCUUCAAAGACUCAUCUCCAUUCUUGAAACACAAUCACAGAAUUCACAAAACUCUCACAAGUCUGCAAGUAAUGGCAGUGUGAAAGAUCUAAGAAGAGCUCGACGUCGUCUUUCUAUUCUAGAAGAAAAAGCAAAAAAAGAAAGAUCCUUAGACCUUUAUCUCAUUCUGGGAUUAAAACCUACAGAUGGAGCAGCGGAUGUUAAAAAGGCGUAUCGGAAAGCAGCUCUGAGACAUCAUCCAGACAAAGUCAACCAACAAUGGAAAGCGGUUGCUGAAUCGAUUCAGAUGGAUGCUGACAGACUCUUCAAGAUGAUUGGAGAGGCAUAUGCUGUGCUUUCAGAUCCCACCAAGAGGUCAAAGUAUGAUCUUGAAGAGGAAAUGUGGGAUGACAUGGAGAUAAACGUAGGCAGCAGUAACAGAAGAGGAUCCGAUUUUUUCGGUUCACAAGAAUCGAGAAAGUCAUACGGAUAUGGUAACGGUAACGGUAACGGUAACUCCCAUUAUUACUAUUGGCAGCAGGAACCGAGAAAAAGUUACCAUACCUCAUAUCCACGUUGGGCUGAGCAAAGGUUCAGACCCGUCCCGGACUGGACUGCGAACCGGAACCGGUUGAAAGGUAACAGUAGAACUGGGAACCGGGUUUCUUUCUCAGUUUCUGACUUCAAAUGA